UCAUGUAGAUGUGUGAUGGUCCUUUUUGUGUGCUUUGCAGUAGCUGAAAGUGUUCCGGGUGGAAUUCGUGUGAGAGUCGGCAAUCUUCCUAAGAAAAAGAACAUUCACAGGGAUUUGAAAGCUGCUUUUGAUGGGGUUCCUGGAUUAAUUCAUAUAUAUCCGGCUGUUUCUGGGAAUAAGAAGACUAAAGACCCUGUCUGCAAAGGUUUUGCCUUCGUCGGUUUUAAGUGUGAGGUGGAUGCAACCAGGUUUGUGCAAAAUUUCUCUGGACAUAAGAUCACAUUUGGUAGGAUCCAGAAGCAAAUAAAAUGUGAGAUGGUGAAUCCUUCUCAUGAAGAAUUGAAUUCGUCAUUGGAAAGCUUAUCUGAUGAAGUCAACGAUCAAGAUGAUGAGCUUGUAUCAGAUGAAUUUGAUGAUCCGGACGAUGAGCUUGUACCAGAUGAAUUUGAUGAUCAGGAUGAUGUGCUUGUGUCGGAUGAAUUUGAUGAUCAGGAUGAUGUGCUUGUAUCUGAUGGAUUUGAUGAUCAGGAUGUUGUGCUUGUAUCGGAUGAAUUUGAUGAUCAGGAUGAUGUGCUUGUAUCGGAUGAAUUUGAUGAUCAGGAUGAUGAGUUUGAUGGAGUAGAACUAGGAGAAGCUAGAAACAAUAUUAAUGCUACUAUUGUAGCAGAGGCAAAAGAUGCUGAUAUUAUGGAACCAACGUUUAAACGUGAAGCUGAUUCGUCUCGGCUGGAACGAAUUAGGGAUCUUGAGAAAAGGCUACUUGCUAGAGGAAAACAACAAAGAGUUCCAAAAGAGCAAAAAGGUCAAAAGCUAGAAAGAGUUGGGUCUAUUAAGAAAAAGGUACUUGCUAAACGAAACCAACCAAAAGUUCUAAAAGAGCAAAAGGUUCAAAAGCUUGAUAUUCCAGGGUCUGCUAAGAGGUUAAAGACUAAGGAAAAGGCUCAGCUAACAGGGGUCUUCUCCAAAUAUGGUUUGAAAACUCUAUUGACUUCAAAUGAGGAGUCCUAAUCAGCGGAAAAUGUGUAAGAGUAUUUGAUAUUACUAGCUGUAGUAAACUUAUACAUUCCUCCUUUGAUCAUUAGUAUUUGAUAUUACUAGCUCUAGUAAAUUUAUACAUUCCUUUUAUCA